AUGCCUCACGCCGUGAGCGAAAAUGUUCGGAAUGUGAAUAAACCGAAUCCACGUAAUGAUCCAGCUAUUUUCAAAAUAUUUGAAAAUGUUCAGUUCAAUGUUGUGCAACAUAAAAAAUUCGUAAAGAAAAUGAUAAAAGUCUAUAAGAAGACUAACGAAGAUAGCUUCCGAGAGAGUUUCAGGAAUGCUCUCCAGUAUUUAUUUAGCUUUGGAGAUACCAGUGCUAAUGUGGAUCGCGUUAUUCAGUUUGUCGCAACUUUCUGUACAUCACUUGAGGAAGAAGAAUUUCUUUUGUUUGUUUUCAAUAUCAUUUUUGAGUGUCAAUGUGUAUCUGGACAGUCUGCAAGGUAUCGAGCAAGUCAAUUGUUGGCAGCGGUACUUGGUGCACUUGGGGAUGAUGCCUCAUUAGAUGAUGACCUUUGUGAUAAGCUUUUAACAUCCCAGUUACAACGGCUGCAAGAUACGCGCAGCGCUGUGCGUUGUAGAGCCGCCAUUGCCCUUCAAAGAUUGCAAAACCCAAUGGAGGCUGAUGAUGAAGUCACUCGGGCAUACCUUUUCCACAUGAGCUGUGAUCCAAGUUCAUCUGUCCGAAGAGCGAUAGUAAUGUCUAUAGCAAAGUGUUCACGUAAUGUGCCAUUUGUGUUGGAGAGGCUGUGCGAUGUUGAUGAGGCAGUGCGUCGUGCAGCCUUCCUAUAUAUAUCUGCUAUUGAUGUCAAACAUCUUCGAGUUAAGCAGAGGCUUCUGACAUUAAAGGUUGGACUAACAGAAAGAAAUCCGCGCGUGCGCCGCGUAGUCGAAGAAAUAUUGAUACCGAGCUGGUUAAGUUCUUUCGGCGGAAACAUAGUUUAUUUACUAAAAGCCAUCCGUUUGGAUAACAUAAAUGAUGCAAAGGACUCCCAAUACGUUGCUGGAAAACUGCUGGAAUCUUUAUUUAAACGUCUGCCAAUUUCGGAGCUACUGGAGUGGUUGCCAACAGACAGAAAUCUGCGUUUAAUUCCAGCGGAGAAAUUGAACAAGGAAACCGCUUGGUAUUGGCGACAUCUGGCGGAACAUUUGCAGAAGAUUAACGACGACGAGACUCUAGAAAUGGUGGUGCCAGAUUUGGUUGUGUUGAUUGGAUAUAUUCGAGCUAUAUUGGAGUCACCAUGCCCAUCGGCUACAGAAGACCAAGUGGGUUUCAGCACACGACAGUAUGUGUUGCACGAGCUGGUUUAUAUGCUUAAAGUCUAUGACGCCACAGAUCCCACAGGCAGGACUGCGCUUCAAACACUUAUAGAAGAUGCUCUCACAGGUGAUUAUGGUCCGCUUUAUCGCGAAGUUAUACGAGCGCUCGUCUCGGCUCUAGAACUGGUGAUAUCAGACGUAACAUUGCGCUUAGAAGUAGUAUUCAGCGUGAUAUCAGCUCUCCGAGACCCACCCGAGGUCGAGUCUCCACCGCCGCCGCCACUUAUUGAUAACGAUGAAGUUAAACUGAAGAGAGCAAAACUUCGUGUAUCACUCAAUGUAGCCAUUGAGGCUCAAGAUGAAGCUGUAAGGGAGCAGAAUUAUGCACUCGCAGCGGAGUGUAAAGCCAAAGUUGCUAAUAUUCAGCAAGAACUUCAAGAUUUAAAUGUGAAGACCACGCUGCCGCCUACUAUCGCGACGAUCAAAGAGAAGCGUUCCGAUCCAGACACGUUGAACAAAUGCCUGACGAUAAUCAACAGCGCUUUGGACACUCAUCAGCUAAAAACUAUUACACCAGUAUUGAAGACAAUGUUUGAGGAAUUUGAGGAAGAAAUGUUUACCGAUCCUGAAAUAAGGGAUAACGCGUUAGAAACUGUCGCCUUAUAUGGAAUGUUGGAUAGGGAGUAUGUGACGCAACACAAGGCAUUUUUCUUCUGUAACUUGGUGGAUUUAACUGAUGAGCUACGAGUAGCUACCGUCCUCCGUUGUAUUGUGGAUUUGUUAUGCGUUCACGGCGCUAAGGCAUUUGAAAAUGAAAAGAUACAAAAAGAAUGUACAGUUAAGAAGAAACGUAAUACGCAAGAUACACUAAAUGACGUUGAGGAUGGUACACUAUCGGAAUCAGCAAUAUCUCUUACACCUACUCACAGUACAACUAUUGAGUUACUUCUGAAAUUGAUGGAAAAUCCGUGGCCGUCAUAUCGUCUUAUCAUCGUGGAGGGAAUCUGUAGGUUGUUGUAUUUGGGACAUUUGGAGUCACCCGCCAUUAUAAGUCGCUUAAUAUUGCUGUGGUUUAAUCCAGCUACAGUGGAAGAAGAUAUGCUGCGACAAAUUAUUGGAGUAUUCUUCCAAGUGUUUCCAAUUGAUGUUGAUGGAGCCCAGGAGCAAAUUCAGAAAGCGACGUUGCCAACCCUUCGUGCACUUGCAAACGCACCAUCCAGUUCGCCAAUCGCCGAGGUAGACCAAGAAGCUGUUGUCAGAUUUAUAGUCUCUCUAACUCGACUUAAUACUGAGUUAAUAGACAGCCAAGGCGCUUUGGCUAUGGUGCUCUGCAGUUAUUUGGUUCGGCGUCCCUCCGCCCCGGAGGCAGGACUCGCCUGUCGCAUGCUCGCUUUGCUUUCACCCCCAAAAGAACAACAAAUGGCUAGCGACCUUGCUACUAUGUUAAAGGAAUUGUGCACGAAACUGCCAGAUAAACAAUCAUGUCGCAAUUUGACUCGUUAUCUCGGCGCGUUGGAAGUUAUGGAGCAAGCUAGUCUUAAAAUGUCAAGUACAGGCAUUGAAGGCACGAGGGCGUCUGAAGAUACUUUGGGUGUGUUUGGACGCGCUACUUCAUCGCUACCCCAGCCUUUGGCUCGCAGUACGCAUGUCGUAAUCAACGAAACUGUAGAAGAAGAGGUAGAGAUUGAUGAGACCUCGCCGACUGAGAAAGAAGGUCCAUCUGAAUCUCAUCAAGAUCAAAUAAGCCGUAUAAGUCACUCAGUGCCACAGUCGUCAGACACAGAUGCAAUCCCCGUUCGUGAAGCGAGUGGAUCUGAAGACAACAGUGGUGUGUCCUCCGUUAAGAAAGCUAAGGUUACAAAAGCGAAGAAGAAAUUAUCCCUGUCAAAAAAGCCAACCACAAGUAGAAAACCGACGAAAGAUGUAAAAGAGGGUAGUUCAAAAAAUAAGAAACAGAAAGGCUUUAAAAGAACACGCUCGCAAAGUUCACCUGUUGAAAGAGGUACCGAAGUUCAAGAGGAAAAAUCUCCCCCCAGUUCACUCCAACCAAGCGACCUGGAUGUUUCUAAUGUAACACUCCGGAAGUCGCGUAUCACGCAGUCUAGCACAAGCCCAGAUUCGGAUGCGUCUAGUCCAAAGAAGAAAACACAUAAGAAAGAAAAGAAGAAAAAAGAAGUACCAGUUGUUACUCGGCGAUUGACUCGUUCGUCAGCUGGAUCCAGUAGUGUGUGCAGCGAACAGCAUUACUCUUCAGACGACACCGAACUUCAUACUAUAGUCUAUGAUAAUGAUUUUGAACAAGAAGUGUUAAACGUCUCAGAGGAAGAAGGAUCUCGUCGUGUUUCCAAAUCGAAUGUGACGAUACCCGAAACGCCUGAAGGUAGCGAAACAUCUGAUUUAGAACCUGAACCUGAACCAGUGAAAAUAAAGGGCAAACGUACGAAAAAAAGACAAGUAGAUAUGACAAGAAUAGUUAACAUAAUGAAAUAUAUAUUUAUGGUCUCUUGUAAACUCUAA